AUGCUAUUCUGAGGAAGACACACCGACUAAGGACAGUCUGCCGUCCUCCUCCAUCACUGAAAGGUUCCUAGAGUCUCCUUUGCGCUACCUGGACAGCUCGCACCAAGAAUUUGCUGGAUACUCCUUCAAAGGAUCUGCAAGCAGAGUUCCCCACCUGUACCUGCGUGGAGCAAAUCCUGGAGAAAGAUGAAGGCCCUUACUACAAUCACCUGGGAUCUGGACCUACUGUAGCCUCUAUACGAAGCCUGAUGGAGACAAGGUAUGGUGAGAAGGGAGAUGCCAUUCGUAUUGAGAAGGUGGUGUACACAGGCAAAGAGGGAAAAAGCUCACAUGGAUGUCCUAUUGCUAAGUGGGUGAUCCGUCGGAGCAGCGAGACAGAGAAGCUGCUGUGUGUGGUGCGUCAUCGUGCAGGCCACCACUGUGCCAACGCUGUCAUCAUUAUCCUCAUUAUGGCCUGGGAAGGUGUCCCAAGGGGCCUGGCUGACAAGCUGUACAGCGAACUCAGUGACACCCUCACCAAAUAUGGCAACCCCACCAGCCGACGCUGUGGCCUCAAUGAUGAUCGUACCUGUGCCUGUCAAGGCAAGGACCCUGAAAGUUGUGGUGCUUCCUUCUCCUUUGGGUGUUCCUGGAGCAUGUACUUUAAUGGCUGUAAGUACGCCAGAAGCAAAAUGCCGCGCAAGUUCAGGUUACAAGGAGAUCGCCCUGAAGAGGAGGAAAAACUCAGGGAUAACUUCCAGAAUCUGGCAACUGAGGUGGCUCCUUUGUACAAGCGUCUGGCUCCACAGGCUUACAGUAACCAGUGCCAGACAGAACACAGAGCUCCAGAAUGCAGACUGGGCUUGAAAGAAGGUCGUCCAUUCUCUGGAGUCACUGCUUGCAUGGACUUCUGCGCCCACGCUCACAAGGACCAGCACAACCUCUACAAUGGUUGCACAGUGGUGUGUACUUUAACGAAGGAGGAUAACCGUGUGGUGGGGGAAAUCCCUGAGGAUGAGCAGCUCCAUGUGUUGCCUCUUUACACAAUAUCCCUGGCUGAUGAGUUUGGCAGUGCAGAGGCCCAGCGCCUCAAGAUGCAAACAGGUGCUAUCCAGGUGCUUCAGGCUUUCCGUCGUGAGGUACGCAAGUUGCCCGAACCUGCCAAGUCCUGCCGACAGCGCCGACUGGAGGCUAAGAAGGCCGCCUCAGAGAAGAAGAAAAGUAAACUCAUGCAGCAGGCAGGGGAGACGCCGGAGAAAAUGGUUGUCAAGAGUGUCUGCAUCACCAGUUCCCCUCAACCCCAAGGCAAUAAAGCAAUUAUAAAACAAGAAGUGAAGCCCAACAUCAAGACGGAACCCUUUAACGGAUCAGUAGAUGGAUACCCCGUGCAGGCAGCAGACCCAUUCAGUAACAUCUAUUCACACCCUGCCUACUAUGCAAGGGGAGGCCUCCCCCCAACUGGCCAGCCCUCUGCACCUGAAGCAGUAAAGGCUUACCACCCCAGUCUGCCCACUAUGCCCUAUGGUUACUAUAACUUCCCGCCCAAUGCACUUUUCCCCCCUAAACUGAGGACCUACGAGGGUCGCAAUGGCUCUAAAGUCGUCCAGGUAGACAAGAAGCCUGAUGUUCAGAGCCUUCAGGCCAAACUGGCCCAGUCCUGCCCCAGCCACCCGGAGCAAACCAGCCAGCCAAACCACAGCACUUACACCCAGUCUGCAGACUACAACCAGUCCCGUCCUUCCUCUGUCUCCUCUGAGCCCUCCAACAGAGGCACUCCAAUCAUCAAACAGGAGCCUAUGGAUGUUCCAGUCUAUGAGGGCACAUUGCCGAGCCAGUCUGGUGUCAACACAGGGAGAAUCACCCCUCAACCUGUGGCCUGGCCAGGACACAAGCUUAAUGGAAGUAUUAUUCCUACCACCUGGGAUGGGCAUCUAAACCGCAAACAAAGUCCUGAGGCCUCAUCGUUUAACCCGGACAAACAGCAAUUUCACCAGCAUUCUCAGCAGAGGCAGCCCUCUCCUUACCCCCAGCAGUGGACAUCCUACCCGGGUUCAAACCCCACGAUGGUCUCCCCAUCUCCAUCACCUUCAGUCCAGGUACCUCCUUCUCCAUCUCCGUCCCCUCACCAAGGCACAGCGCUCCAGGCUAACAUACACCAAGGCUCCCCACGUCCUGCUACCCCCCGGCCAAGCACCCCUCACACAGGUCCAUUGCAGCCUGUCAGCUGUCACUCACGCUCAGUUACCCCACAGCCAGGCACCUCAGGCCCAGGCACCCCCCGGCCAGGCACUCCCAGACACUGGGCCAGCCCUGCUCCUAGUCCUCAGCCGAAUGCUUGGGCAAUGGGGCCUGCAGCAUACAGUCCUGUUUUGAAGCACAGCAAUCCUGCAGGAGCGUACCCCGAUAAGAUCUGGUCCAAGACUGGUGAAAGUCGAUGUUCCACUCCCCUUGGGCUUCAAGAAAAGGCCUGGAAGUCUUGUGGUGGUUCAGUAGCAGGCAGCACUCCUUCCCCUGCCCCUGAGGGGCGCCUCUUCCCAGAUGCCCUACAGCAGUCAAAUCAGGCCUGUUGGGACCCCAGUCAAGCUGAGAGUGACACUGAGAGCACCAAGCACCGUGAAGAAGAUGAGGAUGAGGUGUGGUCUGACAGCGAGCACAACUUCCUGGAUCCCAACAUUGGUGGUGUAGCAGUAGCACCAGCUCAUGGCUCCAUCCUGAUUGAAUGUGCCCGUCGGGAACUACAUGCUACAACUCCACUCAAAAAGCCUGAUCGCUCCCACCCCACCCGCAUCUCCCUGGUCUUCUACCAGCACAAGAACCUCAACCAGCCCAUGCAUGGCCUGGCUCUGUGGGAGGCCAAAAUGAAGCUGCUGGCAGAGCGAGCGCUGCAGAGGCAGCAGGAGGCAGCUCUCCUUGGUCUCUCCCAGGAUGACAUCAAAACGCUCGGGAAGAAACGCAAAUGGGGGGCUACAGUGGCAGGUGCCAGUCCAGGACCUGGACAAUCUAAAGACAAGAAGGAGGGGCCAGUGACACGGGUAGCCCCCACAUUCAACACCACCUCUAUGGUUACUGUGUCUCCCUAUGCCUUCACCCGCCUCACUGGACCCUACAGCCACUUUGUCUGAGGCCAGACAGACACAGACAGACUGAUAGCUACAGAGUGGUGCAGUGGAGGGCUGGAGAGAGCAAUGAGCAGGAUGAAUGUCUCUCAGCCGCCCGCAGUCUGGCAUCUCUCCAUCCUGCCCCCCUCCACGGUCCACUGGGAGGAGGGGACAUUUUUAUUGUUUUUACCUCAUGUCAGGCAGUGGUUUGGGCUUCAGACACACUGCCUGUGGUGCUCUUCCUCUCUCUUCCCUGGAGAGGAACUCCAUUGCUUUUUCUUGUUUAUAGAAUUUUAAUGAUUCUAAUUAUUGCUAUUGUUAUCAAUAUUAUUAUGAUUGCUAUUGUUACUGUCAAUGUUGUUAUUACAGGUAUUAUUAUAAUGAAGACUUGUUUGUUUUUUAUUAUUGCUGUUUUCAUUAAUGUUAUUAUUAAUGAGGUGAUUGUUUUUGGUUAUAUAUUUUUUUAAAUCAAUCAGUCUGAGUCUGACAUACUCAGACAGUUGCUUUUUCCAUGUUUGGAAAACGUGUACCCUUUUUUUGUUUGAUUUUCUUUGUUCUUGUCGAUCUUUAAGCUGUACUUGGAGGAGGAGCCAUUAUCUGCCUGAUAAGACAACAAAUCAGUGUUACAAUAAUCAGAAUCAUAGCUGUAUACAAAAACGACUUGGAAUAGAUAUCUAUUUCUGUAUUGACAAUUUACAGAUGUCUCAAACUUUAUAAAAACCACUUUAGGCCCUCUGAAGGAUCAUUCUAAUUAUAUUUACUUGGGCUUUAUUAUAUUUAUAUUCUUUUGUUUUGGCCAUCAUGAGGACUGUGUUCAAAUUUUCUACCAGCAUCAUUAUUGUCUAUUACACAACACACAGUCUGACUUCUAACUACUGUUAUAUAUUAUGAACAUUGUCUACACAAAUGUCAAAAAGCGAAAGAUGGAAGGAAAGAUGAGAAUUUACUAAAGCUAACUGUCAAAGCAGUAGCAUGCAUGUCAGAUGAUCAGACGUAAUGCAUUGAUGUAAUCCUUCAUACCUUUUUUAUGUGGCUAAGUAGACAGAAAAAAUCUCUUCAAUUGGAAACAAGAAUAUGACUUUCUUUGGACAGAGCAGAAGUGCAGUAGUUAGCAGUUUACAAGCCUACAAACGAAACCAAUUGUCAUGAUGCAAACAUUAAGAAAAUGAUGUCCAGGGUGAUAACAGCUGCAUUUAAACCACACUGAGAGAAAACACUGCUGCUUGUCUUAUGGUUUGAUGAUGCGCUCCUCCUACUCUUCCACACCCCUCCAGCUUUCGACUGGUGCUCAGCUUCCGGCUCUGACCGAUUUUCAUUCCGCUACUCUUCAUGGCACUUGUUGCUGUAUUUAGGUGCUCUAAGCCAAAUUUGGCUCAAGUAGUAUUUGCAAGUAUAUAUUUUUUGUUUUGUCUGAGGUGGGGUACCAGAGUGACGGGAUAUGUUGUGUUCAGAGAUGGAGGCAGAAAAUGUGUUGCGCAAGGAAAGGUAGCAUGGAUUAUUCAGCAAAUGCUUUCCCUUGUUUUUCAUGUUUUGCUGCAGGGGAAACUGUGGUUGUGGUGUCUGGUACCUCACAAAGGAAACAAAUAAGUCAUUUUAUUUGCAAAUGCCAUUUAACCCAGAUCUGCAAUUAUCACACAGAGAUGGAGCAGGUGGCACUCUAUCUUCCUACAACAUUCAAGUAGGGGUGAGCACUUCCCAGUGUAAACUCUAGAGGGCAGCAGUGACCGCUGUUUCAAAGCAGUGUGUACAAACAAACCUACAAGCACUUGAGAUCCAUUCAGAAGCCAGCAAAGCUCUGCCUUGCUGGUUUAACCACCCAUGGCCAGUAGAGGGGGAUCUCACACCUUGUUUGCUGACCAUGGAUGGAAAUCAAGGCAGAUCUUUGUCCCAUUGUGGCACAAAUGUGAAUGAAACGUGUCGAUGCCUUUGGGAAACCCGCCCUGGGUUAGAGCAGAGGGAAACAGUGUUGGAACAGCGGUACUUUUGGUGCUCCUACACACACUCUGGUGCUCUCCUAUUACACUUGAUUUACUGUGAAGGGCCCACUCCUUCCUCUGCAUGGUGCUGUCAUCUUCGAGCAGAGUGAAGUGUGUCCUUCUGCAGGCACCUUGUCACCAUGGAGCCAGCCAAUCAAAGUGGCCGCCAUGUGGUUGCAGCUCUGUCCUUGGGCUCAACAACUGGUUCCUUUUGAGGAGUUUUUGCAGUUUAUUGUGGCAUAGAGUGGUUUUGUCUCAAACAAAGUACACUGUACAGGGCAGAGAAAGCACAGUCAUUCAAUGCAUUUCUUGUGCACCCAUUAACAGUGAUUUUCACAGAGAAAACAAUAAUGAGAGAUAAGGGGAAACCUUAGUAAAUUACUGUCGCUGCUGGGAGUCGGCACCAAAUGCAAACACAUCGAAUCAAUCAAUCUCUCACUUUGUGUGUGUGUGUCAGAAAGUGACACAAAUGGAUGAUUGUGUAAAAGAGAAGAGCCAAAGAGAGAGAUAAUUUGGUAUUCAAGCUAGAAUUGCUGUGUUUUUUUUGUUUUGUUUUUUUAUCACAUGGUUUACUUGCAACAUAUGUUGAAAUAUAAUUGAGUUACAAAUAGAAAUCGACAGAAGCCGACUCCCAGCUGCUGGGUGGUUGUUUGGGUCAAGGCCCUAGUCAUCUGUGAAAGACCCUGUUACCGAUCUGGAGGGUCUCCAGCUCUCUACCUCACGCUGUAGAGACACUGGUCACAAUCACAACUUGCUACUGAGGGCAGAGAAUCAUGCAUGUCUCUUUGUGUGCUCUAGAUCUCCACACUCAUUUUAACCUGCUUUUUUAAUCUUAUUUAUUACUACACGGUGAUGAUGAUGAUGAUGAUGAUGAUUGUCUUUGAUGUUAUUGUUUUUGUUUUUGUUUUUGUUUUUUGUCUUUUUUAUAUAGCUAAUACAAAUUGUACAUAGAGAAGAAAAGAUUUAUAAAAGCACUUUUAAUCUUGAUUUUAAUGACAAAAAGAAAGAGCCGAUUAUUGACAACUUGAAGCUUAGGUUUUUGGUUUUGGUUUUUUUUUUGUUUUUAAUUUUCUCAAGAGAGAGAUAAAAAAUGUAAAUAUUAAACUAUUUAGGUAAGAUUAUUUAACUGGUGAGGAAAGUAACUAAACCAUGAAUGACAAGGGGGUAUUUUGAAGUCUCUGACAGCCCUUAACAACAGUAAACAACACUUGAUCCCAAUGUGUUGUGCGUAAAUGUGUGCUUAGUAACACUGCUGUUUUGCUUUCGUAAGUACUGUACCCCCUGUCAGCAUGUGGCUGACAGAACCCUGUCACUUUCUGAAUAUUAGUUCAUGAGCCCAAUUAUGUAACCUGAAACUCCACUCACCUUACUCACUGACCACGGUCCAGAAAUAUGCAGGAUCCCCCUUGUGUUGCAGUUCUCUGGUUAAAACCUCACUUCUACAAAAUAUUGGACUUGAAGAGGUUUAGAAAAGUUUGACAGUGAUGUGUAUUGGAAACUGUCUCUUAAACUUUUUUCAUAAAUGAAUGCUGAUCAGAAAUUUCUAUUUAGGUGUGAAAAAUAUCAAAAUUUGUAAUGAUGUGGUUUUCAACAGCAGAUUUUGACUCUCAGUAAGAGAAUUUUAAGGAAUUUGACAUUUUGGGAAAUAUGCUUAUUUGCCACUUGUAUACCAGAAGCCAGUUAGCGUAGCACAAAGACAGGGCCGACUACCUAUAGCAACACUUCAUUAACCCUGUAUUUACUUUGUUUCAAGGUCAUUUAGUACCUGAUUUUAAAAAGAUAAUUUAAGUCUCCCAUAUCCCAAGAAUGUGUAUUUCAGGUUUCAAGUCCUGCACAGAUCAUUCACUGUAGUAUGCCUUUAAUGUCUGUGUUUUAGACCUCUUAAAUAUGGGCUAUUUCAGCGUCUGCAGCUCUAAAUCUAACUGAGGUGCUGCUGCCCAUGUCUUCUACAGAAAGAGAGUUGUAGGUAAAUCUUUCUCUGAACCUACUCUGUAGAUUCUCAGUGAGUGGCAGAGAUGAGGAGGAGAAGGAGGAGGAGCCAGCUGGGGGCCGGUGCUAAUCCUGCUGUGACAUCACAACAGGCUGCACACCUGAAAAGCUCAUUUAGAGACGCACUGAUUUAUGUAGAAAUAUAAGAAAGAAUACAUUUUGUGGCUGUUGUGACACACUAGGGACAGAUAAUAAUUUUCAAGAACAAAUGAAAACUAAAUGUUGCAUAGAAUGGCCCCUUUAAUCUGUUUGAAAAAAAAGUCUCAACACAUUAAGCUGUGGUGUUAAAGAGUCUACAUGGUGUUCCUUUCAAGAAGUCACUGCUCACAGCCAACAAAAUCAUCUGGCUGACAAACUCCUGUAAAACACUGCUCUUUCAGUAGGAAAUUUAAAAGCAAGCUUUAGAAGUGUUGGCAGGCAGAUUUAGUUACUUUUGAUAAUUUACUUUGUGUCCAGUCUUUAUGCUAAGCUAAGCUGCCUGCUAGCUGUAGCUUCAUAUUCAGCGUAGAGACAUCAAAGUAGUGUGUCGUCUCAUCAAACUCUGAACAAAAUGUGAAUAAGGGUAUUUCCAAAAAUUGAACUAUUCCUUUAAUAUUGAUUAUUUGGUCCUUGAGGAGUUUAGAUUCAUGUGUAGAACUGCAUCCGAGGGCUGGGAUGUGUCCGACCACACUGGCAGCUGCAGAGCCUGUCUGGUGGUGAAUCAGUGGGUGAUGUUUUAGUGAGUUAUAGCCCAGCAAUCUUUGUCAGUUGUGUUAGACUAUCAGGUAAGAGACUGCCUUCCUGCUUGUUUAGAUGUAUCUACCAUUAUUAUCUGCUCUAGCUUUCAUAAUAGCACAUGGCAGAAAAAUCAUGAUGCCCCUGCAGAAGACACCAGAUGUUUAGUUUGUAAUGAUAAUUAUUUAAAUGACACACACAUCAUGGCUAACAGUAGCUUGACUGGUGCAGGGGUUGGGACUAGUACAGUAACAGGGUCAACCUACACGGCCCACAUUACACACACUUGCCUAAGAAAGGGUGCUGAAGAUACAGUGUACGCGAUACCAUCUUUGUAAAUUUUUAAAUGUGUCACAAGUUUGGUGGACGGUUCUCAUGAAAGGCACCACCUCCCAAGGAUAUACUGAGAUGGGGUGGGGGUGGGGGUGGGUCGGUCAGCUGGUGCUAUGAUGCUAUACCUUGAAAUUCACUGUGUAAAAAAAAAAAAAAAAAAAAAAGUGAGGGAUAAAUGAUAACCACAGAUAUUUUUCUGAGCUCUUCGAAUGUCAAGAGAACUAUACUUUUGAUUAAAGCAGUUUCAUGGGAUGGGAAGCUGCCCUGGUGCUGACUUUAUGAGAAGUCCUUUGUUACAACGCUACAAAUUUGCAUCUCUUUUUGAGGGCAGGAGGGCACUCAAACAGUCGAUUACAUUCUCUAUUAAUAUUCAUUCCAUAUUGUACUUGAAUUCAUUUAAACUAGGACGAGAUAUAGAAUCAUAUUAUAUGAAGACUGUUAUCUGGGUUUCAUAUUUGGUACAGCGCAAGUACCAAAGGCUAUUAAAGUGAUCUUUUGAGUAUGUUGUACAUGUUCACAUUCACUGAAUGCUAAGAUAUUUGAACAAUACAUGAACUGUGUGCUGCCCCCUCUUUCUAAUCGUGCACUUCCUUUACUCACCAACUCUUUUCUCUUAAAUCUUGUAUAUUUUGUCAAACACAAAAACAUAGAUAUACAUUUGCAUCUCAUUGUGUAUGGCCCACUUUUCAAAAUUUGUGAACACCUAAUUUUAACAAACAUUCUCUAAAUUUGGACUUGGACCCUGGCCCAUACAAAAAAAAGUAAUGAAAAUGAACCGACGCAACUGGCAGCUACAUUCCUCUUUGAGUUUUAGGAUUGUUCUUGGUUCCUUAUUUUUCAUGUCAAGGAUGCAGUAUGUAAAAAAAAAUAGUGUUUUUGUUCAGUCUCUCUCUCUUUGUAGCUGUAUGGUGUAUUAUGUGAAUACAUAGUGUAUGUGGUAAAAACCCCACAAUAUUGUUUUAUGUUGCGCGAUAAAUAAAAAGAUUGAAGUGAAA